AUUUGUAUGUACCUACCUAUGCAACCCCAAAUACACUCUUGUAAGAACAAUCACCUGAUCCUGGUGAGGUGAUGUGAUAAAAAAUAAAUAUUUUUUAGACAAACAGUUCAUGUGGCAUGUCAUUUGGAAAUAAAACUUCUUUUAUAGGAUAUUUGUCAAUCAAAAGACUUUUAAACAUGGAAGAAUCUUCAGGCCUGUCCUUUAUAAAUCUUAAAGAUUCUACUUCACCUUUUGAGCUCGUUGCUGAAUGGUUCCAGGAAGCGGGAAAAUGUGGCGUAAAUAUGCAUUUUUUUAAUUUGGCUACAUCUACAAAAUCUGGCGAAGUUUCAAAUCGAUCUCUUCUCUUACACGACUAUGUAAAUAAUUCUUUUAGGUUUAUAACUAAUGAAAAAUCACUCAAAGGACGCGAUAUGGACGAAAAUCCGAAUGUUGCAGCUUGCUUUCUUCUACAAUACUUGAAGGAUGAUAAAUCUCACGUGGUCAGGCAGAUAAGGUGUCAAGGUAGUGUUAUCAAACUACCAUAUAAAGAAACUGCAAAAUAUUAUGAAAAAGAUCCAUUGUUUUGCCAAAUACGAUCUCAAAUAGUACCGAAGCAAGGUGAAAAAGUGGAUUGGAAUGAACUGAAAAUAAAACACGAUGAACUACUGAAAAAUGUUAAAUCAGGAUUAAAGUUACGAAUGCCUGAAUAUCAGGUUGGAUAUGAAAUACAUCCACGUUGUUUUGAUUUCUACCAUUCUUUAGGAGGUGAAAUUGCAGACAGGAUAAUAUUUGAGAAAUCAAGUGAUGGGUCUUGGAGUUCUCACCACGUUGCAUGUUAAAAUGUUUUAAAUAUUUUUUAUGUAAACAUACAAUAUACAUAUAUAAUAAUA